GGGAAUGAGCUGGAGUAGAGUUAGAAACCGGUUCACUCGUAUUUCUUUACCAUUUCAGACAUACACUAAAAUCUCUCGUUGAUCUCUCUGAAGAGAAAUCGUUUGCAAAGCAAAGAUGAAUAUCUUUAGACUAACUGGAGAUCUAUCCCAUUUAGCAGCAAUCAUCAUUCUGCUGCUCAAGAUAUGGAAAACUAGAUCUUGCGCAGGUAUAUCUGGGAAAAGUCAAAUUCUGUUUGCAUUGGUGUUCACCACACGUUAUCUGGACCUACUCACCUCCUUCAUUUCUUUGUACAACACCUGUAUGAAGGUGAUCUACAUUGGAUGCGCCUAUGCCACUGUGUACCUAAUCUACAUGAAAUUCAAAGCAACCUACGAUGGAAACCAUGAUACCUUUAGAGUGGAGUUUUUGGUGGUUCCGGUGGGAGGCCUUGCUUUUCUGGUCAACCAUGACUUUUCUCCCCUAGAGAUCCUCUGGACGUUCUCCAUCUAUCUGGAGUCUGUGGCAAUUCUUCCCCAGCUCUUCAUGAUCAGUAAGACGGGCGAGGCUGAGACCAUUACUACACACUACCUGUUCUUCCUGGGCCUCUACCGUGCCCUGUACCUCUUCAAUUGGAUCUGGCGUUUUUACUUUGAGGGUUUCUUUGAUAUGAUCGCCAUUGUGGCCGGUGUGGUCCAGACCAUCCUCUAUUGUGACUUCUUCUACCUGUAUAUUACGAAAGUGCUGAAAGGGAAGAAGUUGAGUCUGCCAGCGUAAACGCCAAAGAACAGAGACCAAUAUCGCCACUCAGACUCAAAGGGGAAGGGAGGGGGUUACUAAUGCCAUUUAUGCCGCAGUGCUAGAGUGAGAUGCCUGACACACAGUGACAAGGGAAACACUAUUUUUUUUUUUUUUUUCGUGAUUCUCCUCACUGGACAAACACCAUCAACCUAUCAACCAGCUCCCGAACAGGAAAAGAGGAUUCUUUUCCCCCGCCAUUCAGAGCCUUCCACCAUCUGUUUUUAGCAUCUUGCAAUACCUUUUUAUUGCUAUUUAAAAAAUAUAGAUCAAAUUAAAAAAAAGAAAUCUUUUGUACUUGUGAGGUGUUCUCUUUAGGAUCAAGCAGCACAGAUAUUAGGUUGACUCAAUCUAAAUUACCCCUCAAAACUUGGUUGUGUAAUAUAAUAAUUUAAAUUCCUUGGGAUUCAUGAUACUAAGUGUCUUUUGAAGCAUUGAAUCAGAAUAAGUCUUAUGUGCUAUCCCGGUAUAUGAAAAUUACUUUUUAAAAGUUCCUUGAAGUCAUAUACUUGUAAUUUUCACAGUUUAUUCCCCUUUCCUAAUUAUGUCUAUACCAUACGUUCUCUGUAAAGCGUUUCUGAUAUGGAGUGGGUGACUUUUGGUUCUUCAAGUGGUUUUUGCCUCAAAUAAGUAAUUUAACAUUUCAUUUUCAAAAAGAAGCUUCAUGACUCUCACUCUUACGUUUAUGUAAAUUCACAAAAAUGCCUUAUCUAAAUUUCAGUUAUGUUAUGUACGUACCAUAACAAGAAAGUUUCCCCCACCUUGUAAACAUAUCAGCUAUUCAUUUUUUUUUUUUUUGUAAAUAAGAGCACGUUUUGUACUCCAAUUCAGUCAGCACUGAAAUAUGGUAGUUUGUACAAGUUGUGAAUUGGCCGCACAUUGUCAGUUGUGUAUUUCUGUCAGGGAUGUUCGUGAGUCAUCUGUGAUGAGGAUAUCUUUGAGAACUAAUGAUGAGAAUAGUAAUAACUAUGGUAAAAAGCUUUGUGCCCUGACACUCACAUUUUACUCUUUGUUAUUGCAUUACAUGCAGUACUCUGUGGCAAAAAACAAAACAAAAACAAAUGCCCGUAGAUUUGAACAUUGUGUGCAUAUUUUUUGAAAGGAAUUGUAUUUCUUUGAUCUUGGAGGAGUGUGUAUAUGGCAAAUUUGUUACCAUUAGGGCUUAGUAUGAUUUGUUUGGAAUUAUUUCUUUAGAUUGAACAGUCAAGCUUUUUUUUUUUUUUUUUUUUACUUGAGUCAUUCCUAUAGGGUUUACAGCUAUUUUGUUUGGUUGUUAAAUGUUGACACCUCCAAUAAAGAUUUUAUGGGA